CUGGGCAGCGGGAGAGCGGGGGCGGCGGUAAAGAAACCUCGACCCGGUAAGCAUAGGCAUACGCGAGCACACACAGGCACACGCAUACACCGAAAGACACACAGCUAGACUAGCACACACGUUCCCUCUCUGUGACACAUUCCCCGCCCCUCUGUACUUCCCAAAGAGGGGUGUGUGAAUUGUGUGUGUGUGUGUGUGUGUGUGUGUGUGUGUGUGUGUGUGUGUGUGUGUGUGUGUGAACCUCAGGCUAGUCGCUGACUGGGAACCCGUCCGGGCCAGAGCCGGACCCGGGGCGGGACCCAGAGCCAGUGUCCACACCUCCAUCCCGAGCCUCUCUGAUUUCCCCCCCGCGGCGCGGAUGCCCCAUGUUCACGGAGUUGAGGUCCAAGCUGAGCCCCCCGAGAGGCCGCGCUGGGGCGGUGAGGACGAGCUUCGGAGAGCGCAGAGAUGUGGACGCUGCUGCACAUUUCAGCUUCUGUCGGAGUCUUUUGGAGCACACCGUGUCUGCUGAGAACCUUCCCUGCCGGCUCCAGCGGGCACCAGGCUCCAGCCUCACUUGGCAUGAUAGUCGGAGCCAACGAGCUGCAGGGGGCAGAACAGUCAAGCUCCUGCAGCAGCCAGGCACUGAAACACAGCAGGAAGUCCUUCCUUGGGUCUAUCCAGCACCCUUCCUGCUACAGGGCCGGCACUAUGACCAUUAUGGAUUCUACCACACCAGCCCCACACUGGGUGGCCUGAUGCGGCCAGUGGUCCUGUGGAGCCAGCAGGAUGUCUGCAAGUGGUUGAAGAAGCACUGUCCCCACAACUACCUCAUCUAUGUGGAAGCCUUCUCCCACCAUGCUAUCACUGGUCGGGCAUUGCUUCGACUGAAUGCAGAAAAGCUUCAGCGCAUGGGGCUGCUACAGGAGGCCCAGAGGCAGGAGGUGCUGCAGCAGGUCCUGCAGCUGCAGGUACGGGAAGAAGUCCGGAACCUGCACCUGCUCAGCCAAGCUUCCUUUGGAAACAUCUCCUAGCUCCGCUCCUUCAAGGGGUAUGGGUGAGACCCCAGCACUGUGAUGGCUGACCUGGACUAGAAAGUAUGAUAGACUGCUGGGUCAGAUGAGGCAUCAAACAGCAGUUUCCAGACCAGCAGGCAGUGAUGAACCAGAGGCUGAAGCUUGUGUGGCCACUCCUGGCCAGAAUACACACAACUUUACCCUGAGGUUAGAGGUCUGCCUUUAUCCAGCUGGCCACAGGUUGCAGGACCUCCAGGACAUCUGCUGGCAACAAAGAGACUCAGUCUUCUUCUUAUAUCCUGACAGAAUCCAGGGAAUCCAGCCCCAGUAGGGUUGGAAUCUGACACCCAAAUUUGGGGAGGGGGCAGAGAAGGGAAAGAAGAUAUAUAACACUGGCUCCUUCUGCAACAAAGAUUCUAGAGUUUUACCCCUCCUAGACCUUUGUGCAACCUAUAGCACAUAUUGACAUCUGUUUGGGUGGGGGGGAACAGUUCCAGGAGUAUUUGAUGCACUAGUUCCUGUCUGUGAUUUCCCUAGACAAGAUGUCUAUUUAUAGCCUUUCUCCCCAAUAUUAGUGACCCUCUCCCAACGAUAAAGUCCUGGAAAAUUCCCAGGCAUGGAGGCUGACUCUGUUACCCCUUCCCCCAUGGCUGUGUCUCUCUCAUACCCCAAACACCAGGACAUGAGCCACAGGGAAGCUUACUGGAGAGACUGGCUGCUCAGCAGCCAGUUUCCAUCCCACCCCCUGUCCAUUUAUUUAUUUCCCCUUCCUCAGGCCACGUCCUCCCUGUUUGUCUCACUAAUACUAGGGAUUUCGAUUCUUUGUUCCUCUCAGCUUUCUCGUCCCCACUCCCAAGUUUCUCCUCCCAGAGACCUUCCUGAUCAGUCUCUGAACAGAUGUGACCCACCAAUGGAGAUAUUUCCCUUUCCGGUGGGACUCCUUGAGCUACCCUGGGGAAUCAAAUGAAUUCUGUUUACACAGAGCUUUGCAGAGACUAGCUCUGCUCAGAGGUUUUAGGUUUGUAGCAUCUGACUGGCUGUAAAAGUCCCAAUUUGGGGUGGUUGCAGAUGUCCCUGCACUACAGUACACAUGCUAAGGAGUGGGAUGGGAUGGGGUUUGUUUAUUUAGAAUUUGGUCAAUGCCUUGAGCAGAGCUGCUGAUACCUUUGGGGACUAGUGGAACAGUGGGACCCUUUCAGUCACUGGCAGUGACCCUAGAGCAUGAUGGUACCAUCUGAGGACUGGGCCAGGCAGUAUAAAGUUGAGUUAUAGCAAAUCACAGAGCUGGAACUGGGUCUGCUCAGCUGGGAAAUGCAGUGAAGAGAAAAGGUAGAACUAGUUAGCUACCCUCCCCAGUCUAAGUCCUGCUCAAUCCACUCUAGUCUUCCUAUUCUAAACCCCUUUAGAAAAAUCUCAGGAACAGAAGAGCCAGGGGCUUUUCCAUCUAGCCCCUCCCCCACCAUAUCUACUCCACAGCCCUAACCUAGAUGAUGGUGUAGUAGGUAUGGGGAGAAACCCCGUUUUGGCAGACUGUAUUUAAGUAGCUCCUAUCCUUUCUCCCAACAAUAUGUCCAGUUCUGUGCUAGGCAGUGAAAACUGCUGUUGCCCCUUCAAGGUGUCAGAGGUGAUCAUCCCUAGGCCCCAGGAAAUAAGUUAAGAGGGAAUUUAAGAUCCCUAGAAGCACAAGGGGAAAUGCCCUCCCGCCCCACAGCUUACCCUGAAGUAUUUCCUCAAACCCUAACCCCAACUCUGAUUUAUCCCUAGUAAAUGAGCCCUUAAAAUGCGAUAACAUUGUCAUAGGAUUUUGAGAUAGAAGGAACCUUAAGGUCAAUCUAAUUUACCCCUUCAUUUUACAGUUGAGAAGCCCAGAGAUGUUAAGUGACUUG